UGCACCGCGCGAUAGCUGCACGAGCGCUUUCAUGCAGCACUCGACAGACCCGUACAGCGACACCGGGGGCGAGCCGGGCAAGCGAAACGACAGGAGGAAACCGAACCCGAGAUGCCAUCUGACUGACGCAUAAUCUCGAGCGCCUCAUAGCCCUGCACACUGAAAAUCAUUUACAAACUCAAAUCGCCGGAAAGGGACACUUAUCUUGCUCUACCUGCAAAUACGCGUCAAUUUCGUUUAAUUUUUUUAUUUUAUCCUCUUUACACGUGUGCUGCCGGUUUCAAAAACAGCUUUGUCGGAAUCGUCGCUAACAGUUUUCUAACGUUGUAGAGCGUGGUGUCAUUUCCCUUUAAAUACACAGUUUAUCUUUAUAAUCUUUAAUUUAACUGAUGUAUUAGAGCGACCGAUCGGCCGAGCUCUAGUCCUGUUCCACUCGUAGCUGCUGUCUGUGCUUACGUGGGUGCCCCCCGGAGCGGACGGCCAGGAAUUGCCUCAUUUCUGUAUUUAUAAUAUUUGUUGUCUCCUUGGAGACGGCCCGAUCAUGACGAGCAACCGGCUGUGCGCUCGAGCCCUAUGCUGAGACGGUGGUUCAGGACCAUGGGCACGUGUUUAUCUGCAAAGUAACGAAAUCAUAAAUGGAUGAAGACAUUGACACCCGCAAAAUCAACAACAGCUUCCUUCGCGACCACAACUAUGCAACCGAAGCUGACAUCAUAUCCACUGUUGAGUUCAACCACACAGGGGAGCUGUUGGCCACAGGGGACAAGGGCGGGCGAGUGGUGGUGUUCCAGAGAGAGCAGGAGAGCAAGAACCAGCCACACCGGAGGGGAGAGUACAACGUUUACAGCACCUUUCAAAGCCAUGAGCCAGAGUUCGACUACCUGAAAAGCCUGGAGAUCGAGGAGAAGAUCAACAAGAUCCGCUGGCUGCCGCAACAGAAUGCCGCCUACUACCUGCUCUCCACCAACGAUAAAACUGUCAAGCUAUGGAAGAUCAGUGAGAGGGACAAGAGACCUGAGGGCUACAACCUCAAGGAUGAUGAUGGCAGAAUCCGAGACCCAACCACCAUUACUGCACUGCGGGUCCCAGUGCUGCGGCCGAUGGACCUCAUGGUGGAAGCCGCUCCCCGCCGGAUCUUCUCCAACGGCCACACCUACCACAUAAACUCCAUCUCCGUCAACAGUGACUACGAGACCUACAUGUCCACCGAUGACCUGAGAAUAAACCUCUGGAACCUGGAGAUCACCAACCGAAGCUUCAACAUUGUGGACAUUAAGCCUGCAAACAUGGAGGAGCUGACGGAGGUGAUCACGGCCGCCGAGUUCCACCCGAACCACUGCAAUACCUUUGUCUACAGCAGCAGCAAGGGCUCCAUCCGCCUGUGUGACAUGAGAGCCUCGGCGCUCUGUGACAACCACUCCAAAUUCUUCGAGGAGCCCGAGGACCCCAACAACCGCUCCUUCUUCUCGGAGAUCAUCUCCUCCAUCUCGGACGUGAAGUUCAGCCACAGCGGGCGCUACCUGAUGACACGGGACUACCUCACGGUGAAGGUGUGGGACCUCAACAUGGAGAGCAAGCCCCUGGAGACCUACCUGGUACAUGACUACUUGAGAAGCAAGCUGUGCUCUCUCUAUGAAAACGACUGCAUCUUUGACAAGUUUGAAUGUGUGUGGAACGGAUCUGACAGCGUGAUCAUGACGGGCUCCUACAACAACUUCUUCCGGAUGUUCGACCGCAACACCAAGCGGGACGUGACCCUGGAGGCGUCGCGGGAGAACAGCAAGCCGCGGGCGGUGCUGAAGCCACGCAAGGUGUGCGUUGGUGGCAAGCGGCGCAAGGACGAGAUCAGCGUGGACAGCCUGGACUUCAGCAAGAAGAUCCUGCACACCGCCUGGCACCCCAACGAGAACAUCAUCGCCGUGGCGGCCACCAACAACCUCUACAUAUUCCAGGACAAGGUCAACUAGGCAGUGCGCCUCCAGCUCAGAGGCCCGGGAGGGAGGUGGGCGUGGUCCGGGGUGGCCGUGGCCCAUCAGGGAGGUGGACAACCAACUCCCCCCCCCCACCUAAGGUUGUGACUGUGGAUCUGCUGGAUACAUAGGGAAGUGCAGGGAGAGAUUGUCUUUAUUUUUUUACGUUCCUGAAGGCGGGACAGUUCUGGCAGCAGGGCGGAGUGCGAAGAGGCUGACAAAAGGGGACUCUGGGUGACAAAGGUGACAGCGACAGAAGAUGCUGGCUCCGCCCAGGAUGAUGUCAUGGGCCAGAUGCAUUCCAUGCAAAGCCCCGUCCCCUUCAUUUCCGUGACUCAUGUUAUUUAUUUAGGUAUUAAUUUUAAUACAUGAUAGCCCAUUCUUCAUUUAUGCACCUGUUGAGGGUUGGGAUAUGUUACAGGAUAAAUUAUGACUCAA